AUGGUUAAUUACAAUUUAUACAGCCUGGGACACGACAGAGUCUUGAGCUUUGACGGCGGCGGGACAUCAUCACCGUACGAGAAAUUAGAGACGAGCGUAAUCGUGGGAUCCUCACACGGCUGGCUGGCCCUUUUCAACCCGACCAACUCCGACCUGUUCCUGUCGAACCCCCUAACCGGCCGCCACAUAAUCUCCGGUGAAGACCCAGAACACGAAGAUUGCCGGGCCUUGAUGAUCUUCGGCACUUGUGAAAUCCUCGCUUUCUGCUGCCAGGGCCGGGCCGGGGCAGGGUGGACCCGCAUCGGCGCCCACACUUAUCCUCCGUACAAUGACGUGAGGGGAUACGAGGAUAUGGACUUGUUGGGCCCUGAAAACUACAUUUCUUGGUUGGGUAAUGUGGAGAGUUCACGUUUAAAGACCGGGAUUUGGACAAGGGCACUUAGAUACUUAGUGUAUGCAGAGGAUUUGCGGCAAUUGUUUAUUGUCACCCGUCAUUUAGUCGGACAGAUGGCCCCGGAUGGUUCGUGCGUGGAUGACUCAGAACGAGACGGUGAAUACCCGUACAAAACGUUGGCUUUUGAAGUGCAUAAAAUCGACCGGGAAGAAGGUGGAGGAGGGAAGUUGAGCUAUGUCGAUGGGUCGUUGAGUGGGCUGGCAAUGUUUGUUGGGCUUAACCACUCAUGCGCGGUGAUGGCUACAAAUGGUGGGCUGAAGCCCGAUUCCAUAUACUUCACGGAUGACAAGGUAUUCAACCCGAGAAAUUCGAUUACACUGAUGAGGAGGAAAAAAUGUAUGGGGGGCACGAUAUUGGGAUUUAUGAUUAUGGGAAGAAGACUAUCUCGCCUUGCUAUUACCCGUGCGAUGUCGGGAGCUUGA